CUCCUUUAAUCAUGUACUUACUAUGAAGAUGAUCAUUGUAAUCAAUUAAUACAAAUAUUGUGAGAAUUUCUGGAAAUAGUAGUCUGCCUUGAUACAAAGAUAAUUUAAAAUACAUAAAGUAAGAAUAUGGAUGAUGAUGAUCAAUAUCAAGCAGGUUAUGAUGUAGGUUCUUUCCCUAAAGAUUUUGGAUAUGCUCCAUUCGAUGGAGAAACAGAAGAAUCAAUGGAUCCCUUGGCAGGGGAACAAAAACCUAGAAUACUUUUAAUGGGACUUAGAAGAAGUGGAAAAUCAUCAAUACAAAAAGUAGUCUUUCAUAAAAUGUCACCAAAUGAAACAUUAUUCUUGGAAAGCACAAAUAAGAUUAUUAAGGAUGAUAUAAGUAACUCUAGUUUUGUUCAGUUUCAAAUUUGGGACUUUCCAGGACAAAUUGACUUCUUUGAUCCUACUUUUGACAGUGAUAUGAUAUUUGGUGGUUGUGGAGCAUUGGUUUUUGUAAUUGAUGCUCAAGAUGAUUACAUGGAAGCACUUAAUAAACUUCAUUUAACAGUCACAAAAGCAUACAAAGUUAAUCAGGCAAUAAAAUUUGAGGUGUUCAUACACAAAGUUGAUGGUUUGUCUGAUGAUUGCAAAAUGGAAACACAAAGAGACAUACAUACUAGAGCAAAUGAUGACCUUGCAGAUUCUGGAUGCGAUCAGAUACAUUUGAGCUUUCAUUUGACAUCUAUAUAUGAUCAUAGUAUAUUUGAAGCAUUUAGUAAAGUUGUUCAAAAGCUGAUACCACAGUUACCAACUCUAGAAAAUUUACUUAACAUACUCAUAUCAAAUUCUGCAAUUGAAAAGGCAUUUUUAUUUGAUGUAGUAUCUAAAAUUUAUAUUGCUACUGAUAGCUCUCCUGUAGACAUGCAAAGUUAUGAGCUUUGCUGUGAUAUGAUUGAUGUUGUUAUUGAUGUAUCUUGUAUAUAUGGUUUAAGAGAAGAUUUAGAGGCUGCAGCAUUUGAUAAUCAGAGUUCUAGCCUAAUUAAACUAAACAAUGGAACAAUUUUGUAUCUAAGAGAAGUUAAUAAAUUCUUGGCCCUAGUUUGUAUUUUACGCGAAGAUAAUUUCGAUAGGCAAGGUGUAAUUGAUUAUAACUUUCUCUGUUUUCGAAAAGCUAUACAGCAAGUCUUUGAAUUGCGUAAUAAAACUAUAACAGCCACAAAUGUAAAUAAUCAUUCAACACCACCUAUUAAUGAGACCUCAAAUGCACCUACAGUAUCACAAAGUGGAACAAUGGGACAAAAUGGUACUGUUGUAAUUGCACAGAGUUAAUUUUUGUAUACAAAAUAUUUUAUCUAAAUUUUUAAACAAAAACGAAGAUUGUUCAUAUCAAUUUUCCAUUUUAUUUUACAUGCUGCGAAUAAGUCACGAUCUUGUUAUCUAUACCUUAAUUUCAUAGGUAUUUACUUAAUA